AUGGAGAUUCCGAGACCUGGGGAGGGUGACGUUGACAUUGGAACUGGCACGUUUCAGGCAUGCUGGGUUCUCACUGCUAUCGUGGGUGUGGCCUUGUUGUUUCGCUAUGCAAUCAAAAUCUGGGUACGUUGGGCACUGCCCCAAGUCACAGCACCUGGUCGUGUAUGGGGAAUUGAAGACCUCUUUUUCCUCGUCGCCUACGGGUUCGACGUCACUCACAUGACGUUUAUUCAACUGAGCGCAAACAAUGGCCUUGGUCGGCACUUCUUCUAUCUGAAUGCCACCGAGCGCUUUCAGUCUAUGAAGUGGGAUUUCCUAUCACAGCCAUUAGCUGUGUCUUCGGCGAUGAUAUCCCGGUCUGGCAUGAUGUGGUUUCUUUUAACUUGUUUUGCUGCAAGUGAUAAGAAAAUACGCAUAUCUAUUAUCAUUUGUGCCAUUGUGCAGCUUGUCGCCAAUAUGGUCACUAUAGUUCAAAUUGUGGUCCAAUGUGGCCCUAACCCAUACCAAGCGAGCAAUCGAGUUCAAUAUUUCCAUUUCAUGUGGACACCACUUCCCGAAGAUGGGUCCAUGAAGUGUCAGUCACCCACAGUUCAAACCACAGUUGGUUUUGUACAGGGAGGUUUCAAUACCGUCAUCGAUUAUUUCCUUGCUAUUCUCGCAGCAGUCGAGUUGUGGCAGUUCUUUCUGAGAACUCUCCAUCGUAACCCGAACUUGUCUUUCUGGUCUCAGUUCAUGAAAAUCAGUAGCACAGUCCGAUCUCGCCGAAUCUGGCAGACGAUCACACUCAGUGGCCCGCUCCUCCUCUCCGGCUGUGCUUCUAUAGUCAAAACAUAUAAACUAAAGUCCCUCGGUGACCGACAGGACUUUACAUAUAAUAUUGUCACUUUUGUUUUAUGGGUGAAAAUUGAGAAUUACAGUAUUCUCCUUGCAUCCUGUGCCCCGGUUGCCCGUCUCUUUCUGCGCGCAUUCGUGGACCACAGACGCGAAGGUCGCUCUCACGGCGGUUAUUGGUCUCGUUCUCGGUCCACCAAUGACAAUGACAAUGACACAGAGCUGAAGCGCCGCAAUGCCAAAGCGAAGGGCCAGUGGUUCGACUCGACCACUGCGACAAAUACUCACGUGGGGGACGAGGAGAAUCCAGCCACCCGCUGGGAUGGACACCAACAUGAGCGUUCUCACAGUCGCGUUUCCAAAGCUGAGAUGCCCGAACAUUUGGACGAUGGAUGUGUCACUGUCAAGACAGAUAUCUCUGUGCAGGUUGAUGAUGGGAGAUCGGUUUCUUCCGGAGGGGCGAGACUAUUGCCUGAUGGGGGCGAGAUGCUCCCGCGGCAUCCGUGA